AUGUUCCUCUGCAAAUCUCACCCCCUCCCGCUCUCCUCCCUUGGCGUCACCGUCCAGUCCAGAUCCUCGCCGGUGAGGGUGGCGGCUACUUCGCCAGAGGGGAGGCAGCACACCUCGCCGCCCGACGAUCCCGACGGCGAGCAGCCCUCCAAUGCCCCCCAGAAGACCGCCGCCGCCGCCACCACCCCCCGUGUGAGCCCCCAGCUCAGCCGCUGGUCCCGCGCAAGGGCCCUUCGAUCGGGCAGGCGGCUCGAUCGCCGCCCGGCUGGUGAUUCCUCCUCCCGUCGAUCUCCUGCUUCUGCUGCGUUCAUCUCCGGUUUGUCCGCGGCUGCGUCGACGGCGGUGGCCGCGGAGGAAAGGGAGGACGAUGGGAGUUCGGAGGAUGAGGAAUUGGGCGGCACGGGGAAGGCGAUUUACAUGGUGUCGGAUGGUACGGGAUGGACCGCUGAGCACUCCGUAAACGCGGCGCUGGGGCAGUUCGAGCACUGCCUCGUCGACCGCGGAUGUCCCGUGAGCACCCAUCUUUUCUCCGGGGUAAUUCAUCUCUCUCUCUCUCUCUCUCUCUCUCUCUCUCUCUCUCUCUCUCUCUCUCUCUCUGAUAGUUUUUUACCAUCCACAUUCUCUGAAUUGAUGUGGAUUGUCUACCCCAGGCUCCAGAUUGGGCUUGGGGGUCCAGGGUUUCUGCUGAAAUGGUUUAUGGUUCAUCCCUCUCGGAAGAGCAAGUAAUCGCCAAUUAGAUAUUCCCUCACAUUGGCAAGUCAUUCACCAGGUUUUGAAAUCUGUGUUUUGGCUUCCUCAGACCUCAGAUUGAGCUGAGACUUAGGGUUCCUGCUGCAUGUGGCUUCCCGAUUGUCCUGCUCCGAAGAACUAGGAACCACCGUUGGAUCUCCUUAAUCGCUCUUCUUCCGAAAGAUGGGGUCUCCUUAUUCCAUUGACUUAGAUUCUUCGGUUCGAAAUUCUUCCUAAAUUUAGGUGAAUAAUUAUUCCAAACUGGACGAUCGUAGAUUGCAUCUUCCAAUGACGAUCCUCCUCCACGCUGUCUGCCACACCUUCUCUGCCAUUAUAAUCAGUAGAUGAAUGAUGCAAGGAUUGCUACAGUGGGAUGGGCAGAUGUUUUGGUAGGGGAAGUUGCACAUGAUGACGAAAGAUCCAUAUGAACUACUUCUCAGAUGUAUGAAAACACAAAACCGGGAAGAAAACAAAAAAAAUGUAGUAGAAACCUGAUUUUGUGAUCAAAUAUCUCAUAUAAUGCUCUGUUCAGAAAACUUCUGAAAUGGAUAGUCAGCCUACUUCUUGGUUCAGAUAAUAAUAUCAGUUGUGCAACAUCUGAAACCAAGAUAUAGCAUUAAUUUCCAUCAAUCAUGCUAGAAGUUUUUCUGCUCUGGUCAGAAACCUCUCAAAUCUAUAACCAGCAUGCUUCUUGAAAUAAAUUUUCUGAACAAAUCGAUCCAUGUAAUAAUAUCAUUUCUGCAUUAUCAAGCACAGAAUGUGGUAUUUCCGAAUCAAGCAAGGAAUUAUCGGUUUUAUGUGUUAUUUCCGAAUUUUAUAUUGUGUUCUAUUUAAUAUUUGAGAUCAUCCCCUUUUUCCAUUGUAUUGAAUCUAAUUUUUUAAAAAAAACUAUACGUGCUCCAACACUGAUGAAGCUUAAAUCAGGAACUAUCUUCAGAUUGACGACUUAAACCGUUUAAUGGAGAUCAUAAGCAAGGCUGCCAAGGAAGGGGCUCUCCUGCUUUACACCCUCGCCGAUCCUUCCCUGGCAGAGUCAGCAAAGAAGGCAUGCCGACUCUGGGGCGUCCCCUACACCGAUAUUCUGGGCCCCACCACCGAGGCCAUCGCCGCCCACCUCGGCGUAGCUCCACUGGGCAUCCCACGGGGCGCCGCCAAUCGGCAGAUCCCCCUCUCCGAAGACUAUUUCAAGCGGAUUGAAGCCAUUGAUUUCACAAUUAAGCAGGAUGACGGGGCACUGCCACAGAACCUCAACCGGGCUGACAUUGUCCUCCUCGGCGUCUCGAGGACGGGGAAGACGCCUCUGUCUAUAUAUCUGGCUCAGAAGGGCUACAAGGUGGCGAAUGUUCCCAUAGUUCUGGGUGUGGAGCUGCCGAAGACGGUGUUCGAGAUAAAUCAGAGUAAGAUCUACUCGUUGAUCAUAAAUCCAGUGGUGCUGCAGACCAUCAGGAGGACGAGGGCCAAGAGCCUCGGAUUCACCAGCAGCAUGAGUAGCCACUACUCAGAUAUGGAUCAUGUGAGAGAGGAGCUGGAAUUCGCCAGCAAGAUCUUCGCUCAGAACCCAUUGUGGCCCGUGAUCGGUAAGCUGAGAACUGACUUGCUUCCAUCAGAUUGGUACUUUAUUAAAUUAUUUUUACUAAGAAUUACUUAAUUUAUUGAUUCACGUCCAUUAUUAUUACUUCAUUCUUCUGAUUCGGAUGAUCCGAAAACUGAUUUACUUGCAAUUUGAUUGGUAGUUUAUUAUUUUUCUCGAUUGCCUUGAUUACCGGAUCAUUGUUUUGGAUCUGGGCAACAAGCAAAGAGUAAAUUUUCUUGCACAUAAUUAGUACAUUAUUAUUACUCAAUUCUUCUCAUUCGAUUGAUCCAAGAACUGGUUUUCUUGCAUUUGAUUGUAGUUCACUAAUUUGCUCAAUUGCCUUGAUUACCAGAUCGUUGGAUUGGAUCUGGGCAACAAGCAAAGAGUCAAUUUUCUUGCGCAUAAUUAGUACAUUAUUAUUACUUAAUUCUUCUGAUUCGGAUGAUCCUAGACCACUGAAUCAACCAAGAUAAUACGACAUAUAUCUUUACAUGUUCAUGGAAGGAUGUGCGAGUGAGAAUCUCCAAUCCCCCACCAUUGAAUCAGUGCAUCUGUGGAGAAGCAGUGUUUGAAUCAUACCUUUCCACUCAAUUAUAUAUAUAUAUAUAUAAUAUAUAAUAUAUAUACUUUUGGAUUUAUGUAUUCAUAUUAAUUUUUGAGAUGUGAGUAUGGUUUGAUCUCCAUUGAUGGUUGCAGAGGUGACUGGGAAGGCGAUAGAGGAGACGGCGGCCGUCAUAGUGAGGAUUCACCAUGACCGGAGCCAGAGGUACACCAUGCCUCGCAUCUCCAGGAGAUAUUGA